UUCAGACACGUUGGCGCGAGGUCGGCGUUUAUUGGUUGCUGGUCGGAGACUGACGCCUAUUGGCUGCAGGCCGCGAGUGAGCGCCAAUUGGCCGGUGGCCGGGACGCUGCGAUGCUGCGGGUGAUCCUCUUAGUCCUGGUGCCCGUUAUGGGCGCGGGUGCCGCCGCCGAGGAUGACGAGAGGCUGCCGACCAAGUGCGAAGUGUGCAAGUUCCUGACAGUGGAGCUGCAGUCCGCACUGGACAAGACCAGGCGCUCCAAGGAAGUGCUGGAGCUUGGAGAGGUGCUGGAUAACGGGAAGAGGAAGAGGAAGAUCAAGUAUAACACCUCGGAGACACGGCUGGCAGAGGCAAUGGACAAUAUCUGUGAGAGGAUCCUGCAGUACAACGUUCACGCUGAGCGACCGGGCAGCCUGAGAUAUGCAAAGGGUACCAGUGAGACCAUGAUGACCCUGAAGAAUCUGGUCAACAAAGGAGUCAAGGUAGAACUGGGGAUCCCGUUCGAGAUGUGGGAUGAGCCCUCGGCUGAGGUCACAGACAUGAAAAAACAGUGUGAGAACAUGUUGGAACGGUACGAGGACGUUGUGGAAGACUGGUACUUCCACCAUCAGGACCUAGAGCUGGAGAAGUUCCUCUGUGUGACGCACGUGCUGACAAGCGAUGAUCGAGAUUGCCUCAGUGAAAUAUGGAAGGGCCGAAAGGGCGAUACAGCCAUCAGCACAGAGACGGGUAACCAGGUGACGAGGCCGGCGGACCACAAGGCGGAGGGCGAGACAGCAGCGCGUCAUGACGCUUCGGAGCUCUGAGCUGU